AUGUGUCAUCUUAUCCAUGGAACCGUACAGCAUUACCAUGAUCUGCAACUCUAUUUUAUUAGUAUGUUGGUCCUGCUCCUGUUGUCCUUUGUCCCUCUCGCUGCUGGUCUCGGUCGCACACAAUCUGUUGGUGUACGAGGAACACUGAUCUGUAACGAUAAACCAGCCGCUGACGUAGAAGUAAAACUGUACGAUGAGGACAAGCUCAGCCCCGAUGAGUUAAUGGCCUCCGGCAGGACCGACGCCCAAGGUCAUUUUAUGAUCCAAGGGCAUGCUGACGAAUUCACCUCAAUCGAGCCUAAAUUCAACAUCUAUCAUGACUGUGAUGAUGGUAUCAUGCCCUGCCAGCGUAAGAUCACCAUCCACGUUCCUGAUCAGUACAUCAGCAGUGGCGAGACACCAAAGAAGAUCUUCGACUUUGGCACAUUCCAAUUAGCUGGCAAAUACGCUGGAGAAACAAGAGAUUGCCUACAUCCGUACUACACGAAUGCGGUGCCACAGUGCCCGCAGAAUUCGUUGUCAUUCGAUCACGAUAGAUGUGAUCCAAGAAGAAGGUCGCAAUGCCCAAGUGGUUUCACUUGCAGGAGAGGUAAUGAUACGGACCGUUUUGUACUUCCGGAACUUCCUAUUUAUCUUUGCUGCGAAACAGCAUCAAUGAGCAUUGGGGACUGGUUUGCUGAAUACUUACUCACUCCAAGCAUAUUUCCUCAACCACCGCUGGCAAUGUUAAAUUCGAUUGAAAUGCGUCCACUUGACGCGAACACCGCCUUUCCGGUCGUGCAUACUGGAGAUGAGAUGGUCUUACUGACUUAUCCGCACUACACUACAGCUAUGGUGCAGAACGUGGAAUUUAUGUCGCCACCACUUCAAGACGGUUUCUUGCACGUAAUGACAGUCAUAGAACCUUCUUCAAAACCACUUGCAAUGUUUUUUGUUUAUAACCUAAAAUCUGUUGGGUAUAAUCGCUUACCAGUACCCGACACGCUUCAAGGUUUGAGCGGACGAGCAUCUUAUGUCGAUAAUAGCACUUCUGUUAUUAAACAAGACUCAUAUCGUUCUCAGUACGUGGUUUUGGUGUAUCGGACAAAUAAUCCGGUGCUUAUAGGUCAAAAUCAAAUUUUCACUGGCCAAGGUCCUGACCUCAUGGCUGGAUGCACCGAUAUGAAGUGCAUGGUUUCAAACUCAGUUCUAGGCAAAGAACUUGGACAACCCGUUGCUGCGAGCAUUUUCCAUAUUACCACAAAGCAGACCUUAUUCCAAACUGUAGAAAUCAUCUCGGACAAUCUCACACAGGCUGCAACUAACGUGGCUGGCCAUUUGUUGAUAAUAUGUAUUGCUUAUCUGCUUUAUUUUGAAUUGUUGUAA